AUGGAGAACGGGGUACAGAAUGGCGCACACUCGAAUCAUGACAGGGAUGUCAAGGUCAACGGAGGAGCGGUGGCGGUAGACAGCCCGGCGGCGCUGGACAAGGGAAAAGGUGCAGCGGCGGGAACGAGUGAUGCAGCGGCACAGAACGGCCACGGUGACAAGACUGUUCCGCCUCCCAACGUACAAGACGCGCAACGGGGCACUUCUACUGUCAGUCUGCCGAAUCGGUCAAGGAUGAACGACUUGCCAGACGAGAUCCAAUACAUCACACAAGGCUUCAUCCCACUAUCGACAAUCAUCCUUCGACUUGCUCAGGCAACGCACGACGACCUCGAGAAGGCCAUCAUGGAUGCGGCGCGUAUCAAGUAUUCCCCACCAGCGAUAAACGGAAGCGCGACUGGCGGCGGCGAUCCUCCAGAUGAUUCCUCCGAAGCGAACAAGGCGAGGAAGCUUACACUGUUGAAGUUUGCCCAAGACGCCCACACCAAAUGGGUCAAGGCCUUGGUGAUCACGGACUGGAGCAGGAAAGCGUCUACGGUCAGCAAGCUGAUCGAUCUCAAAGCGCACCUAGACAAGAAGCGAAGUCUUUUCGAUUUUACCCUCACCGAGCUGAUCGAGCUGAAGCGCUCGCUCGGCCAAGCGAGACUGCCGAGACCAGACCUCAAAACAGCCCUGCAGAUCCUCACGACGGGCGAGGCACCUUGGAUACCAGAGCCGGGAUACAUUCCGCCACCAUCAUUAACGCCGGAAGAACAGCUGAAGUGGAUUGAAGAGCUCAACACGCUUCUGUCACUGCGCCUCAAUCUCGACGAUUACGACAAGAUUCCACAGCAGUUCAAGAACUACACCAUCAAAUCGGGCCGCGUGACCUUCACGGUGGAGGGCGAGUUCGAAGUCGAUCUUACGAUUGCCGACGAGGAUUUCGAAAAGCAGUUCUGGUUCAUCGACUUUCGCUUCGACUUCACGCCUUCCUCUGAGAGGCUAUCUGAUGCGCUGGUUGCUUACUUGGAGGGGCAGGUCAACGACGUGCUGUCGCGGGAGGGGCUGGAGGGCUGUUAUCGAUUCCUUCAUGAGUUCGUCCUCACCCACAAGAUUAACGAGCUCAAGCGACAAGCCAUCGACCUCGUGCGAAACUCUUGGACUGGCAACCUCAAGGUGGAACCGCUCAACCGGGCGCUCGCCAUUCAGUAUUGGACGUCACGGUACGGCUCUCAAGCACCGAAAAGCUGGGUCAUGGUCGCAGUACAGAGCGGCAAACAGAAGAACGGGCUGCCGGAUCCGAAACACCCCAGCCAUCUUGUCGCUCGAUGGUACCGGGACAACAAAGAGAUCAAAGACGUCAAGCUCCAUCUCAACAUUCAAGAGAUCUCGGCAGAGGCUUUACUAAAGUCAGCCAUUGCCAAGCACGUCGAACAUAUCCUAUCCUCUAUCCACGACAAGCUUGCGGCCGCGCCGAGAUUCGCCAACAGACAGGCCUAUAUGCGGCUCGACAUUUCACGCUCGGAACCGCUCGAUUCAUCGCUCGAGAUGCAGCUUGGGGGCAAAAAGGUGGUCAAGUUGCUCAUCGAGCCCAUCACGGGCUUUGCUGCGAUACAGCCACAUACACGGUACGGUCUCCAAGGAGAAACACGGAUCAACCACGGCGGCAAGGAUCCGGCCGAGGAUGGUGUUGCCUGUCUGGAGAACAUUCGAUGGGGCUAUGUUGUGGACGAGUUCAACCGCCGCGGUCGAAGCUGUGGCUGGGCGAUGACGAAGAUGCCCGUCGGAAACGAAGAGGUCAAGCGACUCAUCAAGACAAGAGAACCGUUCCAACCCGUCUUUUUCCAGCGACAAGGGCUCGGUCAAGACUGGUUCGUCUUGAUGUCUCUGAGCCUGGCCGGGGACGAAUGGUGGUUGAUCGAGGUGACACGAAACGGGGCGUCUCGUGCAGUGACGACCUCGAUCCAACUGCCCUUCUCCAAAGGCCAACCCGAGCUCAACGACAAGUUCUGGAACAACUUGACGAGUUUAGCCGCCGGAAUGAUUUCUCAGGCCAUCGAGCUUGGUGAACUGAAGAGAAACCGUAUUGACCACACCGCCAAAGACAUGCACAGCCGAUGGUUGACACAGCAGAUCAGGAUACCCGUCAUUUUCAUCAGGCUUGCGCACAUCUUGGGCUCACCAGACUCAUUGGCUCAGACUCGCGCGCAGGACCGCCGCGUGCAAUCGAGCGCUCCGUCGAUUGACAGGUUGGUCGGUUUCCUCGAUGCUAUGCGGUGCGCAAAGGGAGCAGUUCAAUGUACCGAAGUUGGCCUCGGCAAAGUCAAGUUCUCGUACUCCGAUAUCGUCCUCCCCGGAGAAACUGGCGAGCCCCGGCAAUGGACUGCUGUACUCGACAUGUCACGGAGCGGAACUCGCCUUAUCCUCGAGCCGGAUAACCCGCACUUGCGGAUCCUUGACUUGCUCACCAAGGUGGUUAAUACGGAGAAGGGACUACGCGUCAUGAUGGCGUACAUGACGGACGUGCUCCCGAUCCUUCGAGUCUUUGACACUAUUGAAAAGAAAUGGGAGGAAGUAGAGGCUGCUGGUCAGGGGCACAUCGAGCUCCUCACCCCGGCGGCCGAUUGGUUUGCUAUCCGGUACUCUUUGCCGGGUACAGCAGGCCCCGCGCGCCAGCUUACGAUCGAUGUGCGAUCUAAGGAACGCCAGGCUCAGCCGUAUUGGUUUGCUUCGCGUAAGCAGCGUGGCCCACCAUCGCCCGCGGACGACGAAUUUAAGGCGGUUCUUCAGGGCGUGUGGGAGUCUAGGGGGGAGAACUGGAGGGGUCUGACGACAGGGGCCGUAGCUCAAAUGGGCAUGGGCGUGUUUGAGAUGAUCCAGGCCAUAGACGACGCCGUCAGGGCGUAUGCGACCGGGAACGGCCAGGCCGACGAUAACGCUUCCACUGCUGGUCUACCGACGCAGGUCAGCCAGGUCUUCUCGAGUCAGGGGUCGGGCAACGGCACACCGCAGACGAGCCAGGCCCAGAGCCAGAAGCAAGCGUCUCAGGCUUCGCAGGGCCAGCAGCCUCAACGGCCGCGGCCGAGCCAGACGCCCAACCAGAACCAGAUGCGCAAGCCGAGCUUCGGCAAGCAAGGCGGGGGCGCCAAGGGACCGGUGGGCGGCAAGAAUGCGCCGGUCGUGGUGCUGGAUUAA